AUGCCGUCAUUUAUAGAGCAGGUGAAUAGCAAGAAGCACCUCUAUGAUCAAGGGCUCUUCGCCUCCACGAUGGCUGUGUGCUCUUUGGUCGCCGGUCGCGCACGUGACGGUGCGUUGUAUUCUAAUCGGUGGGACCGAGAAGAGCUUAUAGAUCCACCGUCCGAGACUUUCUUUAUAGCGGCUGAAAACUCGAUUCCUCGGGACCUUGUCUCAGCUAAAGGUAUUCACUAUAUGCAGGCAUGUGCAAUACUUGCUAUCGCUAGCAUUCAAAAUGGCCAGAUCAAAAAUAUGCAGAAAUACUCCGGCUUAUACCACACCUUGACUUCGAUGGAUGGCCUUUAUGACGAGAAGCUCUGGCCAAGCAACAUAACUCCAGUCGAGACAGAGGAGCGGCGGCGACUUUUCUGGUCUAUCUAUACGUUCGACCUCUAUUCGACUAUUGUAUGGGGCGGCGUUAUUCGAUAUCGUGAAGCUCAUUCCUUAGUGCGCUACCCUACCGAAUUAGAUGAUGAAUUCAUCACACACUGCGGUUAUGGCGUGCCGUCUGUAUCCCUGGAAUUGAAAUCCCUUCCAACGGGCAAUGUGACUGUCGCCUCCCAGCCUACACCCUGGCUUCGUGGAUGGAACUUCACCACAGACCUUUACCGCAUUCUUGAGCAUGUACUCGAUGGCAGUAGACGCUCUUCGGCUAAUAAUAUGACACAAUUUGGGUCACUGUUUAAUCCGUUAUCUAUAUCAGAGCCGGCAGUCAUGGAUCAAGUCCUUACUAUGUACUUAGCUCUUCCAUCACAGUUUCGGGAAACGCCGCCAACUACAGGAGACAUGUCUAAGGAUUUAUUCGGGUUCCAGUCAGCCAAUAUCCAAGCGACGCUACAGCUCCUCCGAAUGAUGCUCUUGUCUACAGAGGAGAUUGGCGUGGAACGAAAAUGCGAUGUAGCGGGCGAACUGCUGAGCGUUUUCUCGAAUGUACCCAUCGAAUACUUGAAAGCUAUCAGCUCCCCUUUACUUCACCACCUCGGCGGGAUUGGGUACAUUCUUGGCUCUGUCAUGGAAGGAAAUUUGUCUGAAGUCUCCUACACACGAGCUCGCACAUUACUACUUGAAAUGGCAGACCUCUUACAACGUCUCGAAAUGGGCCUACACCGUGCCUCUGGUGUCGGCGAACGACUGCGAUCCCAGGUUGAACGAAUAGAGGGCUACAUGCGUACCUCAUUCCGCUAUCGAGCUCCACCGAGUAACGCAACGCAGGUAAUUGACUCAAAUCCCGAACUUGCUGUCCCAGAAUGUGCACAGGGUAUUCCCUCCCUCAGAGCCUCACCUGAUGCUGGUCUCGACCAGAUGCCCCUGUUUCAGCUGCCACCAGAACUCCUCUCAGAUUGGCCGUGGCCGUUGGAAUCUCAUCAUGCCGAGGGGUUUCUUCGUCUAGCGUUUGAAUUUCAUUCUAGCUCUACCGAUGAUGAGAUAUAG